AUGGCGAACGAAGAAAACAAGGAAAGUGAUUUAAAUGAUGUGGUCUUGCAGGAGAAUGUGUGCAAAACUAAUGCAAAGAAACGUCCAAAAAGAGUGUUGCAUUUUUCUGAUGGAGAUUUAGAAGAAUAUUCUUCAGAAGAUGAAGUAGAUAAGAUAGAAGAAAAUAAAAUUGUAGCAGAAAUCGAUCCGCAUACUCUUAAUUGGUUACCUUGGACUUGGUAUCAAACAACCUGGGUCGGUACAAAAGUAUUGGACGGUUGUGAUUAUCUUGGUGAAUGGCUAGCUAAUUUUUUUGGUAUUACAACACCUAAAUAUCAAUUUGAAAUUGAUGAGUUUCAUAGAUUACAAGCUCUACAAAAUGAGAUAAUUCAUAAGAACGAUUUAGAAAUGGGUGGAUGGAAUAAUCAGAACAGAAAUAAUUUAAUUAAUAUUACAAAUCAAGCAAAGAAUUAA